CUCUCUCUCUCUCUCUCUCUCUCUCUCUCUCUCUCUCUCUCUCUCUCUCUCUCUCUCUCAAAAGAUGGAAAGUAACACAGUGGCUGGAGUUUUGAUAACGAUCCUUACAUUGUGUGCUGUGGCACCGAGCUUGGCUACAUCUUACACAGUCGGCGAUACGGCUGGUUGGACAACAAAUGUUGAUUAUAGCACAUGGACCAAAGGGAAGACCUUCGCCGUCGGUGACACCCUUGUUUUUAACUAUCCAGGAGGACAUACAGUGGAUGAGGUGAGUGGAACUGACUACAGCAGUUGCGCAUUGGGGAAUUCUAUUAGCACAGAUAGCAGUGGGUCCACCAAAAUUACUCUCAAGACAACAGGACCCCAUUACUACAUUUGUGGAAUAACUGGUCACUGUGCAAGUGGGAUGAAGUUAGCUGUCACAGUGACAGGAGCUGCUUCAACAACACCAUCAACUGGUACCACCCCCACCACCACUACCCCGGCCACCACCACCCCCACCACCACCUCACCCUCCACCACCACCUCCUCUACCAUAAACUCAUCCCCAGCCACUCUUUCUCCAACCAUAGCCAUAUUGUUCUCUUGUCUUGCAGUUUUUAAGUUGAUUCUCUCUCCCUUGGCCUAGACUAGACAGAUUUGCCAGGAUGGAGGCAGUGCUCUCUCUUAUUUUUCUCUCUCCAAUUAGUAGUUACUGUUAGGAUUAGCUAAGAGUUUAGUGUAGAUGGAUCUUGGAGGUUCGAGGGAUAUUUUGUAUUGUAUUUCUCUUAUGUGACAGUAGUGAGUGGAGAUGGGAUUUGGGAUGUAAUAAUGAGCAUUUGAUCAUAUUAUAUUGCUUCUGUUUGGGAAA